AUGUCGAAAAACAAAAACAAGAAGAGAAAACAAAAUGACCCGGCCAGCAACCUGCCGAACAAGCAACUCAAAACGACCAACAAGCCACUCACGCCGCCGCUCGAAGGCGACCACCGCAGCGAUGACGGCGUCAAACAAAACGGUGUCGAACCCACGAGUGUGCAGGCCAUCGUCUCACCAGAGGAGCUGGAAAUCGCGGUUGAGACCCUCACCGAGCUCGCAAAACAUCCCGCCCUGCUCAAAUCCCGAGCCUGCAAAGACCUCCGCGUCGCCGUAUGGGAUUUCCGCCAAGCAUGUCCGACCGGCCUCAACAGCACUGGAGCCAGUUCUAACUUGACCGGCCGCAUCACCGGCGCUCUCGCCGAUGGAAAAUUCACCGACGCCAAGGUCCUCCUCGCCGAGAUGAGAAUCCGCGGCGAAUCGCCCAAGCUCGGCGCUCUUUGCCGCUGGGUGCGCGACCUGGAUGUCAUCAGCGGCAUCUCCACGCUCGGAGACGAAACCCCCACGGAGCGCACCGCCCGCGACAAGGAACUCAUCGGCGUCCUCGACGGCGUCCUCCGGGUCUGCGGUGUCAUUGACGCCAACCCCGCCGCCGACUUCGACCCUUCCACACCCAUCUGCGUCCAACAAAUCUGGGACCUCCACUCCCUGUCCUCUGCCCCGACCCUCCAAACCCAUGCCUCCGUCCUUGACGGCUCCAUCUUCCUCUCUGCGCCGCCUAACCUCCGCGAAUCUCUUCGUGUCAUUGAAACCACCCCCGGGCCCCUGCGCAAGCCCCCCAACCACCACGACGCCAUCCUCUACACCACCAAGCCAGGCGGUGUUCCCUUGUCAUCUGUACCGCCACCCAUAACUUACCACCACCACCCCGUCGUCCCCAACCUCUCCCUCGCCAUGGGCGUUUUAUCCCCCGCCGAAUGCCAAUCCAUCAUCGCCGCCGGCGAAACCGCCAAUUUCCUUCCCGACGCGCCCCUCCGCGAGGAUGGUGACGUCUCCAUUCUCGCUCACAACUUCUACUGGGUUGUCGACCAGCCCUUCCACGACACCCUCUGGUCACGCAUAUCCCCGUUCGUACCCCGUACGGUCGACGGCCGGAUAGUACGCGGCCUAAACCGUCGGUUUCGCGUCUAUCGGUAUGUUCCCGGCGCGGAGUACCGUGCGCAUAUCGACGGGGCUUGGCCUCCGAGUGGUAUCUUACCGGAUGAUACCUAUGUGUAUGAUGCGUCGCCGGAGGGUGGGAAGCAGAGUAGUUUGUUUACGUUUUUGAUCUAUCUGAAUGAUGAGUUUGAGGGCGGGGAGACGACUUUUUUCUUGCCGAGCGCGAGGGAGGGGGUGAUGAAUGCGUAUCCGGUGCGGCCGGUCAUGGGCGGGGUGGCGGUUUUCCCGCAUGGGGAUGCGAGGGGGGCGCUGUUGCAUGAAGGGACGGGCGUCAGGAAGGGGGCAAAGUAUGUCAUUAGGACGGAGGUGGAGUAUGAUGUUGAGGCGACAGUGGGAGUAACGGGGGAGGAGUAG